AUACGUCAAUGGUACAGUAAAUCUAAUGCGGUUCCGUUUGGGAUUGAACCAUAGUUAUACGCCUCUGUUCUGCUCGCCUGCUUGUGCUCAGAUGACGCCCGUCUGUCAAACAGCGCAGUAGCUUGCGAGCUAAUUUCAUUUCAUUUACUCCAGCGAAGGUAGGCGGGGGAUAAAUCGUUAUCUUCAAGCCAGUUCGGUAUAACGAGAUAGCUAUCUACAUUUCUUCAGUCAGCAACCCUGACGAUAUGUUAUUUAAUCCAGCCUCUUUGACCGAGUGUUUACAGGAAUGGGAAGAUCUCGAAAAGAACUAUCAGCAAGUUCAGGAGACCCAUCGUCUCUACAAGCAAAAGCUGGAGGAGGUUUCCAAAUUACAAAAUAGCUGUUCCACUUCUAUUUCACGACAGAAGAAAAGGCUAAAAGAGCUUUCAGCUUCACUUGAAGAAUGCAAACAGAAAGCGUGCCCAGAGGACAUAAGCACUAUAGAUGGGAUCCAAGAAUCAAUGAAAGAAAGACCAAAUGUAUUUUUCGAGAUGGAGGCCUUCCUUCCAAAGAAAAAUGGGUUAUACCUCAGUCUUGUGCUUGGAAACGUGAAUGUUACCCUCCUUAACAAACAGGCCAAAUUUGCCUAUAAAGAUGAAUAUGAGAAGUUCAAGCUCUACCUGACUGUCAUACUUCUACUUUUCUCCUUUACGUGUCGGUUUGUGGUCAGCUACAGAGUGCUUGAUGCACUUUUCAACUUUCUGUUGGUGUGGUAUUACUGCACAUUGACGAUAAGAGAGAGUAUACUCAUUAAUAACGGCUCUAAGAUUAAGGGCUGGUGGGUAUUUCAACAUUAUGUCUCAACUUUCCUCUCUGGAGUAAUGCUGACUUGGCCUGAAGGAGAACUCUACCAAAUGUUUAGGAACCAGUUCCUGUCUUACUCUAUGUAUAUAAAUUUUGUCCAGUUUCUUCAGUACUACUACCAGAGUGGCUGUCUGUACCGGCUUCGUGCUCUGGGAGAGAGACACAACAUGGACCUCACAGUUGAGGGUUUUCAGUCCUGGAUGUGGAGGGGACUAACUUUUCUGUUGCCUUUCCUUUUCUUCGGCCAUUUUUGGCAACUCUACAAUGGAAUCACACUUUUCCAAAUGGCCCAGCUGCCAGAAUGGAAAGAGUGGCAGGUCCUUAUGUGUGGCUCCACCUUCCUUGUGCUGUUUAUGGGAAACUUCUUUACCACACUGGGUGUAGUGUACCAAAAAUACACAAAUCAGGACAAAGCAAAAGAUUUAUGAAUAACCAUAGACUCCCAAAGUCUUGGUCCACAGAGAACUUCUUUUUUGUUUUAUACAAAUGUUUUUUUGCAUUUAAUUGUGCCGUAUAUUAUUGUGUGAAGUUGAAGCUUUAGUGUCACACUUUACUGUACUGCAAUUAUACUGUGCUUUUCUAAUUUACAGAUUUUAAUUUUAAAUGUGUUCAUAACAUGACAGAGUUAACGAUGAACCUUAAUACAUACAGUCAAUAUGAAAAGCAGUAAGGUGACACUUUAGAGCUCCUCAUGGUUCAAUCCUAAGCAUCUGAGCAUGAGUUGCCUUGUGUGUGUAGUUCUCCCCAUGUCAGUGUGGGUUUCCUCUGAGUUCUCCAGUUUCUUCGCAUCUGGUCAGUGGAUUGGCUACAGAAAAUUGCCCUAAGUGUGAAUGAAUGUGUCAAUGUGUGUACAUGGUGACAUCCCAUCCAGGGUGUAUUCCUGACUCAGUGUUCCUGGGAUAGGCUCUGGAUCCACUGUGACACUGAUCAGGAUAAUGCACUUACUGUGAGUGAAUGAAUGAAUGAAUGAAUGUACGAACAAACCAACCAAACAAACAAACAAAAGUUGAAUGCAACUUCUGAUGCAGUGCAUUAGGCUAAAAUGUUUUUUCAUCCAAAAGUCAAAAUAAAAAUGGCUUAACCAUU